AUGAGUGACCAACUGUCAGAGGGAGAUGGGGGCAGUGACAGGCCAGUUGGUGGAGAGCAAGAGGAGCUGCUUAGUCCUUUCGAGGCUCACCUUGACAGCUUAGCAAGUCAUGAUUUUCUGCGUGGUUCGGAAGAUGGUCGACAGCAGUCUCCUUUUCGCAGUGCGAGUUUUGACCCUAGUGAACUGGAAGAGGCUCAAUGGUAUUCGAAUGCGAAUGUAUCUGAGAGGGCAGGCAGCAUUCGAUCUUUUUCUGCUGCGGCUGCUGACCGCUCGGGGCCUUCGCAUUCUUGCGGACCUUCUUUCGCUACAGUAAGUGGAGCUGCAUUAUCGGCUGGAUCCAUCAAUGUGUCAGCGGCCGUUGCCGCGGCACACCAAAGCCUUCAGGCCCCUGGCAUUAAAUUUUUCUGGGAAAGUGGUUUUUGGUCUCAGAUUUUUGGUGGCAGGGACGACGCUGCAAACUUAUAUGGGGCAGACUUCAAGAGGCCCGAGGCACCUGUGCUUGGUGAGGCCGAGCUUCAGCCCAGGAAAGUGCCCAGACAGUCUGGGCCGUCAGUUGGAGCGGUGGGCGGCUCCUCCUUCUUGAAUGCUGUGCGUGAUCGUGAAGUUCUCAGCUGGAAGCAGAAAAGAGAUAAGGAGAGGGAUGAGGCUCUUUCUCUCUGGGAAUCUUUGCUAGUUACCUGGCCUGAAAGGAUUACUGUGAUCGGCCAGAUUUUGGUACUCGAACCACAGGUCCGCAGAGGUAUGGUGGAAGACCUCUUGGGAGGCAAGGCACCGGCCACUCUGAGGAAGAGGAAGAGGUGUCGCUCAGUUUUGGGGUAUGCUUUAUUCCUUCGCAACCGGAGGGUCGAUUUUCCUGGCAGCGAGGAGUUGUUUUAUGCUUACAUGUGCAUGUUGCGAGAGGAGGGCAAGCCAUCGUCUACUCGCAAGUCGCUGCUUGAGGCUAUUACUUUUUGCCGAUUUGUUUUGGGGAUCCCCGAGCUGGCUUCCUUGGGGGAGAGCAAACGCUGCCACGGCUCUGCAAGGGCCCGUGACUUCAAGCCUCGAGUGCAGGCUUCUCCUUUUACCGUGGAGGAGCUCAGCAAGUUGCAUCGAAUAUUGUUUGAGGACCCUGAGCCGUGGAAUCAACUCAUGGCUGGAUCCCUGUUAUUUUGUGUGUACUCCCGCGCCCGGUGGGAAGAUUUGGAGCAUGCUGACCGCCUCAUAAUCGAUAGGGCCGAUGAUGGCAUGGCUGCGUACAUCGAAGCAUCGGUCGGGGUACAUAAGACGAUGGGUGCAAAGAUUAUGAAAGGGCAACUUUUGCCUCUGGUUGCACCGGCUGUUGGGGUGGUAGAGGGCAACUGGGUCGAGCAGUACGUCAAGGCUGGGGACUGGGCCCGACUGCUCUUGUUUGGAAGCAAGGAGGUUCGCCCGGAGCGUCGAAUUGCUUUUGCUGGGAUAUCAUACUGGUCCGGUGUACACCCGAUGCAGGAUGUGCGCAAAGAUCGCGGAGGCAUGAUAGGUCAGAAGAAGUCUUUGGCCUUUGCUCUGGGCACGCCCCAGACCCCGCCGACGGAACUCGCCUUUGCUGAUUUGACAAAGAAGGCUUACAGGGACAUGGUGAGUCAUGAGUCAACGGAUGGAGCACCGAUGAGGAAGCUCCCGCUGCCUGAGAAGAGAGCCCGUAAAGAGUCUCAGCAGGCGCGUCUGGCAGGUUUGGAGUUGGAAGGAGAGCUGGAUCCAGCUUAUCAGUUGGUCGAUGCUUGCAACCACCAGCUCGAGCACUCUGUCAUUUAUUGGUUGGCUCCAUCUAAGUGUCCUAAGAGAGAGCUUGAAGUCAUUGCUGGGUUCAAGGAGAAACCUAGCGUGCUGCAAGUUGAACAGAAUACGGUGAAGCUCGGAGGACCCAGCACCACGAUCGAGUGCGAUGCUUCUGAUGCUUUGAGGUGUCAGUGGGCCUGGCAGCGUAGAGGAUUGGCGUACGAUCAGUGUCGCAUGAUUUCGUACAACGUUCAUCAAAAGUGGGUGCAGAAGCUGCUUGAUGCCUAUUUUGCGCCAACUGGCGGAGGCAGCAACAUGGCCGCUUCUUACUCAGAUAGCCGUAGUGUUUUCGAUGCCAGGGUAGACGCAUGUGGACUGCCGAAGGAAGAUGCUGCGAAGGUCAAAGCGGCGGUGGGUUCACUUCGGCAACUUGCCUUCAUAUCCAGCUUUACUCCGGGUCAAGCGGAUGAGGCCCCACUUAUGGCUGCUCUGAAGUCGAUGUUGGGCCGUGAUGCUGAAUUGGCUGUCCAAGCUAGCUUCAGGGCAUUGUACCACGAGGCUUAUGCUAUCGUUACUUCAGAGAUGCGCCAAAAGAUCGAGAAGAGUGAAGAGCCCACGGCGAGGAGGCUCACCCAGCCCGAGCGUGCCGAGAGGCAUGAGAAGCAAGUCGCGAAGCUCGUGGGUGUACUUAUCAAGGGCCCUUCGGAGCCCAGCGAAGCACUCGUCGACAAGGCCGUUUCAGCUUAUGAGCAAAAUGAGCUGAGGUACAUCUCUUGGGAGUCUUGCACCUCCCGGGAGCAAGAAGUUGCUUCGGAACGCAAGAAGGAUACUCGCUUUACGAUCGAUGAGCAUUCCGGGAAGCUUAAAGUUGAGAAUAAAGAUGCUGAGGACAAGGCCUCCACUGCUUCGGAGGUCCAUGUGCUUCAGGCUUUGCAGAGGCGAUCACUUGCCCUGGAUCAGGCAAAUCUUGUAGAGUACACCCUGAUGCAACAGUGGUCGGACCGCCUGUUGCGAGCCAGGAUGGACGAUCCACCGCCCCAGUACAGCCGUCCGUCUUGGAGCCAGCUUGUGGCUGCAGACAAGAAGCUCUUCAGUGAGCUGAGGGAUCUGACGCGAGACGGCGUUCAGUCAGCAUGUGGUGGGGCGCGCCCGCUUGACAAGCACCUCCCUGCUGUGAUGAUGUCGUAUGAUGUGGUCUGCUUGCUAAAGCCCAUGCCUCAGUCGGUCAGCGGGCGGAGUUCCGAUGAUUCCGGCAAGGAGCGCCCCGCUCCCUACACUCCCAAGGGUCCUAGAAAGGGCGCUGGGAAAGGCAAAGAGGGCAAGGGAAAGGGGCGCAUGCCUGCACAGCUUAUCGCUUGGGGCUGCACGUCGAGUACCAAGAAAGGAAAUCCUUACUGUUAUGGGUUUCAGCUUGGCAACUGCACCAAUGCUGUGACCAACAAUGCCUGUGUGAGAAAUGAUUCGGAUGCCCAAGCCAGUCAGAGCUUGGGACCGGAACACUUCCUCGGCGGAUCAUCUUUCGAGGCGGAUGCAUGCGGGCAACCAGCUUCAAGUUCUCCUCAGCACGAUAAAUUUUCCACAAUUCUUCAACAGUGCCUGAGCUUUUUCGACAGCCUCCCGCACGAGUCAGUUGGGACCAAGACCGAAUCUCAUCGUGACCAGGUUGGGAAGGCUUUUUACAGCGGGAUGUAUUCUAAGGGUGUCGUAGGGCUGCGGACUUCGGUCCACCGGCACCCCGAGGAGGUGAAAGUUCUGACUUCGUUGAUUCGUGCCGUCGAGCCAACGAUGCUUUUCUCCAGUUUGGUCGUCACCGAGGAUUCUCAGGUUGGUGUCCACAAAGAUGCUCAGAACGUCUGCAUCCAGAACUUGGUCAUCCCGAUGACUCGUUUUGGGGGAGGCGAACUGCUUCUAGAGGAUCCCAAGGCUUGCCCUUGGUUGUGCCUAGAGCUGUUUGCCGAAACUGGCAAUAUGACUUCUGCUUUGCGGAGCUUCGGGUUCCAAGCCCUUCCCUUGGGGCGCCGUGCAAAGGGGCCUAUACACGUGACCCCGCUGGACCUCUCUCGCGCCCUGUCGUGGCAGUACGUGAAGAGGCUUGUACAAGCCGGGGAUGUGUUUGUGGUGCAUCUUUCCCCACCUGCUCGCGGCCCGUUUGCCGAUGCAGUGGCACCACUCGUCGCUGACUUCUGCUGUUGGCUCCGCUCCGAAUUUCCUUCUGUGCACUUCUCAGUUGUGUGUCCCGCCUCCUCGGCGCUUUGGAAACAGUCUGGCUUGCUGGAUCUUCAGCGGUCUUGCAUUCAGGUCUCCUUUACUGCCGCCGACUGCGGUCCCGGGCCACAUGAGAACUUUCUCUUGAUGUCUUCACUUCCCGAGCUUCGGGUUUUUGAAACUCCGGCCGAUGCCUCAAAGAUCCCCUCCGGGGGCCCGGUUCGCGCGGCUCCUGUCGCUGCGCCCUCGUUCGUGCAUACGAACCACUUUUGUACUAAAUUUGCAUCUGCCCUCGCCCUGGCCGCCGGUCAACUUGACACUGUACCGACACCAGCCCUUGUUACCAAUGCUUCAGCCCGUGCCGCCAAUCAGCUCCAGCCGCGUGUUUCAAGGGCCGUCGUGCUGGUCGAGGAAUACCAUUAUCAAGUUACCGUGCCCGCGCCUUCGGGCGCCCUGCCCUCUCUUGUUUCCUCUCAGCUGUCUGACUUGGGAAUCGGAAAAUUGGUUUCCAUCACGUGUGGAGUCUACCGAAGCCCUCUUCAGUUUGCGGAACGAGCUUUGAAUGUUGGCCAUCCUUGUGACAUGUGCAGAGCACUGCCCGAUCAAGCUAUGGUCGUCCUGGGCCAUCUGCUCAUCGAGGGUCCUGUUAAGGUCCUCAGACGGAGAUUGGAUACGAUAACCCAGUGGAAAGCUUGGGCCGCCGAACUGGAACCGGCCGAGGCUGAACUGCACAAAUCCUUGCCCCCUUCUGUGGCCGAAGUGGAUAUGACCAGUGGCUUUAAGAUCGUGGGCGAGGAGUUCCCGAGCGGAAUUUUCCCCCUUGUCAACGAUGCUCCGCUGGAUGCAAACUCUCGCGAGCUUUUUGAAAUCACUGAGGCUGAAUACCGCGAGAAGGGAUGGCUCGAGCAACCUCGCUCUUGGGAGGAACUUGAGCUCUUGUUCGGGGAUUGGCUCCCGGCCAAAAGGUUUGGUGUACGCCAACGCGACAAGUUGCGCCCCAUCGACGACUUAGCUGCCAACGGUGCAAACAGCGCAUUUGCCGCUUGUGACAAGCUCACCUUGCGUGCCUUCGACGAGCUUGUUUGGUGUGCCACUUACAUCAUGCGGGUACUUGUGCAAAAAGGAACCGUCCACCUUGUCCUCUCCUGUGGUCGGGUCGGGUUUUGUGUGGUCGCACUGAAACAUCCGGACAGCGGCCAAGUGCGGGGCUACGCAUCAAGAGUCCUGCCCUUCGGGGCCUCGGGGAGCGUGACUUGCUUUAACAGGGUUGCACGCCUGAUCCAACGGAUUCUUCAGGAAGCCUGGAUCUUGAACUGUAACUAUUUUGAUGAUUUUCCGGUGUUGGAGUUAUCCGCCCUGUCGGGGAGCGCCGACUCCACUGCUCAUUGCAUACUUGACCUACUCGGUUUCGAGUGCUCUACCGAUAAGGAAGAGCCGUUCAAGAGCAGUGCCGACGUCUUGGGAGUCACGGUAGACCUCUCUUGUGAAGACCUGUCCGAGGUGCGUGUGCGCAACCGGGAGGUAAAGUGCUGCGAGGUGGCGGCCUCUGUCGAUGAGGUUCUUGAUAGGGGCGCCAUCCGGUCCGCGGAAAUCGCUUCUCUCUUUGGGAGGAUUCAGUUUCUUGAAGGGCAACUCAUGGGACGCAUGGGGCGACUGGCUUUGUCUGAGCUUCGCUCCCUCGGGACUUCCGGGGGAAUCCUCAAGCUCGGGGACUCGGAACGGCAUGCCUUCCAGAAUCUUCGUGAGCGGUUGCUUCAUGGGCCGCCCCGGGCGAUCUCCGCUCGCCCACCUGGGGCGAAUGUUAUUGUGUUUACAGACGGAGCUUGCGAACCGGAGGGUGAUAGCAUGCUGUGCUCCAUCGGUGGGGUGCUGUAUGUUGAGAGCUCCGGCAAGUGGGCCACUCGAUACUUUGGCUGCCGACUGCCCGAUUCGCUCGUUAAGGCUUGGAGUGCUUCUGGGAAGAAACACUUGAUAGGGCCUGUUGAAUUGUACGCAGUGACCACGGCAAGACUGUUGUGGCGAGAGUAUCUUGAUUUCGCCAAAGGCAUUUUCUUCAUCGACCACGCCGGUGUGCACGCCGCGUGCGUCAAUGGAUCGUCCCACGAUCGCCUCUGGCGGCUCAUCCUUUUGAAGCUUGAGGAAGCGGAUGCCAAACCUAUGAUCGCCUGGUAUGCCCGCGUUCCCAGCCAAAGCAAUCCUGCAGAGAUGUUUCUUUUGAUGUCGCAGGAGGGCCUUGCAUCUUUCAAACAAGUGCAGAGGGUCCCGGGCGUGCCGUCUAAGGAUUCUGAGAAGCCGGGACAUCCGGAUGGUCCUCCACCCAAGGUCCCGAGAGUUGCCACUGAGAAGGCGAAGGCUAAGGCGAAGGCUCGUGGUGGUCCAAAGAACAAGCCGGCGAGUCUUGCGCAGUACGAGACCCGGACCAAGUUUGGUAAUGCAUGCUGGGGUUUUAAUCUGGAGGAUGGUUGCAGCAAUAAGACUGAGAAGGGAGCUGUGACUACGAAGACAGUUGCUUCGUCGACCAAGGCGGAGGAGACACCUAACCGACCUGCCUCAUCCGAGGCUCUGGCUCGAGAGCUCCUACGCAUAACCCGCUUCGAUGCUGACAGCUGUCUUCGCUUGUUGGACUUGGUACCUAAGGAUAAGUCUUUGAGGACUUCUCAAGCUCAGACCUCAGAGGGUGGAAAGCUUGGUUUCGGCUUUUAUGUUCGCGCAGGGGAGGCCUGUGUGUUCAACAGCUGUUCCAGCAUGCCGAUGGUCUGCCGCUACUUGACAUCUCUUGUUCGUGCAGUUGAUCCGACGCUCGAGUUUGGAGCCUUGCAGCUUCUUUUUAAUGUCCAGUCGGGUUUUCAUCUUGACAAGUCCAAUGAAAAGGGUUCGCGCAACUUGAUCAUUCCGUUGACCGAUUUCGUUGGCGGCCAGGUAUGGACUCGCGAUGAAUCUGGAGAUGCCACUUACGACCAUAAUGGGGUUAGUCUCAGGGGUCGCUUGAUGGAUGUUGCAUCAGGCCCAGUCAAGCUUGAUCCGUCGGUGCACCAUGCAGUCAUGCCUUGGCAAGGAAAUAGGAUAGUCCUUAUCGCAUACAUGCCGUCGUUCUCGGAGCGACUUCCCACCGAGAGUCGAUCUCUCCUGUCUGAGCUGGGAUUUGUUUUCCGCAAUCUCAAUUCAGGUGCCACUGUCAAGCUCCGUGACAUUCGCACGGUCACUCAGGGCCCUCCUGCUCCAGGAUCUACGCGGCCCCUGACGGCCGAGGUACCGCUUGUUCUUGAACUGUGCUCUGGGCACGCAGUGUUGUCUCGGGUUGCUGAGAAUUUGGGUUUUCAGGCCUUGUCGAUUGAUAACAAUUCUUCCAGGGCUCCUGGAAAACAGAUCAUGCGCCUUGAUCUCGCUGACGCUGAUAAUAUCGAUUACCUCUGUGAGCUAGUUGAGUCCGAACGGAGUCGGAUUGCUUUGAUUUUCAUUUCGCUUCCUUCAGGAACUGCAAGUGUUCAUCGGGGCAAGCACAUUGAAAAGUGGGUUCGCCAAGGUUUCCAGUUGCCUUCUGCUCUUCGGAGUUCAGACUACCCCGAUAUGUUGCCCGGGCUCUCUGGGUCUGACCGCCGCCGAGUGGAAGAGGCUAACCAACUGUACUUUGAAGUCGGUCUUGAUUUUCACCUGGAGGAGGAAGUCAGUAAGGCCGUACGAUCCAACUUUGUGGACGAUGCAUCGGAGCUGGUGCUACGUGGCAAGCGGCUCUUGUUAUUUAAAGAGAUGAUGACAGCCGCGGGCUGCAGUGAUGAACACUUGUUCCGGGACGAGGAGCUUGAGCAGACAGUUUGGACCGAAACUCAAAAGGAGAUUGACGCCUGUUGGGUUUGGGUCGCCACAGAAUUCUCAGGCCGUAGCAUCACCAUGCGCUUUGGCAUUCGCCAGGGAGGCAAAGUAAGGUUGAUAGACGACUGCACCAUCUCUUGCUUGAAUCUUACCGUGGGCUUGAGGGAGAGGUUCGAAUUGCACACGAUAGGCAAGCUUGCCGCAGUUCUUUCCUGUGCUUUAGAAUGGGCCCCUGCCGGCCAUCUGAAUCACUGGGUUGGAAGAAAUUAUGAUCUCAAGUCGGCCUACAAACAGUAUGGCAUUCAUCCAGAUGACCGUGAUCUGGUUCGCAUUGCCGUCAAUCGGCCUGGGCAAGAUUCGCCGGAGAUUCUGGGCUUGAACGCCCUCCCCUUCGGCUCUGUUGCUUCCGUUAGUGCUUUCCUCAGGGUUUCGUAUGCCGUUUGGAAAAUCGGUAUUGUCCUGGCCCGAGUGCUGUGGACUGCAUAUUUUGAUGACUUCACGAAUGUUUGUAGGUCUCUCCUGAAGGAUAACACUGCUUGGGCCAUCGAAAGCUUGUUUGACCUUUUGGGCAUCUCUUUUGACAGGUCAGGUCGCAAGGCUGUGGAGCAUGCUGCAGUUUUCGGUACGCUUGGUCUGCAAGUAGAUUUGUCCCACUCAGCAGAGCGCCGGGUGCUCAUUGGUCACACAGAAAAGCGGAAAGAUGAACUUGUGGAAUCCUUGAAUGGCGUAAUGGAUGCCGGGAGCAUUGAGCCUAGAUCUUUCGAACGCCUGCGUGGGCGCAUGGUCUUCUUUGAAGGUUACAGCUUCGGCCGUGUCAGCAAUCAGGCUAUGCGCACUUUGGCGCGUGCAAGCAAAUCCAGUGUCACUUUCGAGUUGGGCCUGAGGCAUAAAGCUGCGCUUCAGGUUCUUCUUGACCGUGUAUCUUCGUCAGCUCCUUUGAUUGUUCAGCCGCGCAUCAGGUCCACUUGGAUCCUUUUCACUGACGGAGCUUGUGAGCCAGAGCGACAGUGGGGAGGUAUAGGGGGGGUUCUUAUCUCCCCGAACGGAUAUUGUGCAGGAUACUUUGGAGAGGAAGUGCCGUCAUCCCUUAUGCAUGAUCUUCUCGCUGCUUCGAAGAAUCCGAUCUUUGAGCUCGAGCUUGCUCCUUUGCUCAUCGCGUAUGAGCUCUGGGGUAACUUGUUUGAGGGAUCACAGCUGGUGUGUUAUCUUGAUAACGAGGGCGCGCGGCACUCUUGCAUCCGUUGCUUUGCUGACUCAUCUGAGUCAUCGGAUUUGUGGGUGCAGAAGAUUCUUGAGCUCGAGAUGCAGUCUCGAGUGCAUGUGUGGUACGGCCGCGUACCCACUUCCUCGAACAUUGCCGAUGGUCCUUCGCGGCUGACCUUUGGUGCAGUCGAGCACAUGUGCAGGUACAGGUCACGUCCUUCGUUGGCCACUCUCCUUUCAAGAAGGGGGUGA